AUGUCACCUCGAUUGGUGAUGAAACGUUUGCAAUCAAAUUGCCCAGCUCAGCGAACAAGCCAACGACCACCAUCUGAUUCACUGAUCCCGGAAUUAUUCCGCAAAGCGGUAGGACGCAUGCCAUUAGAGCUUGUUGAACCGGUGGAGAAAAUGCUAUCCCGCUCAUCUCAACGACGACCAACUUCGCAGCUAUUUGCAUUGGUAAGCUUCGAAAAAAUCCUUACUUUAAAAGUUUCGUAUGUCGUUAUAUUCUACGAACACCUGUUGCCCAAAUAUCUGUCUGGCACGCCCAAUUCAUAG